AUAGUAACAUUAAUUAAGAAACCUAAGUCUACCUUUAAACUUGUGUCAUUUAAAAAUAAAAAAAUCUCUUUCAUUCAUUUAAAGUAUGAAUAAAAUAAGAGUAAAUUAAAACAAGGAAAAAAAACAAAAAAAUAAAAAAUAAAGAAAAAUUGUAAAAUUUCAACAACAACAACAACAAAAACAAACAGAAAAAAAAUUUUUUUCUGUGAUUCAUUUCAUUUUUGGGGAACUAUUUUUCAUAGAAUUUAAAUUAUUAUUAUUAUUAUGUCAAUCAAUCAUCAAAAAGAUACAACAUUAACAAAAAUUUUUGUUGGUGGAUUACCAUAUCAUACAACAGAUGAAAGUUUACGUUGUUUUUUUGAUCAAUUUGGUCCAAUUGAUGAAGCAGUUGUAAUUACUGAUAGACAAACAGGAAAAAGUCGAGGUUAUGGAUUUGUAACUAUGACUCGCACUGAGGAUGCCUUACUUGCUAUUCGUGAUCCUAAUCCAUGUAUUGAUGGUCGUAAAGCCAAUGUAAACUUAGCAGUACUUGGAGCUAAACCUCGUCUUAUGCCUGGAACUAACACUGCAGUACCGGGAUUUUUUCCACUUCAAACGGGGUUACCUAUCGACGCUAGUCAUCCAGGUUUCUAUAAUAACCCAGCCACCGCUGCAGUUGUUAACAAUUCUUUAAUGAAUCCUUUAAUGAAUGCAGGUCUAUUGACAGGUUUUAAUAUGCCAAAUCCUGCUGCUACAUUAUCACCUGGUAUGAAUGGUAUACUACAAACGCCAACUAAUCAUAUAUCAUCUGUAGCUACUGAUCCAACAUCUGAUAAUCGAUUACAAGCUCAGCUCCCAUUGAAUCCACUAGCUAAUUUGAAUUAUUUACUUAAUUAUUCAAAUGCAAUUGCAAAUCCUUCAUCUGGUGCUGCAGCUGCCGCCGCCGCUGCUGCUGCAGCAGCAGCUCUUGCAGCUACAACGAAUACAAAUCAGCCAAAUAUUUCACCAGCUGCAUUAGCACUUUUAAUGUCCACCUACGGACAAGGUACAAGUGGGUUGAAUACUGUAUUACCGGGAAAUAAUUCAUUUGUUGGAAUGUCACCUGUCACACAUCAAUCGUUGAAUGCACCCAGUUUACCAGCAACAAGCUUAUUAAAUUUGAACUCUACUACAUCAAAUACAACUGGUUUAAAUGUAUUGACAGCUAGUCAGUCUGUGUCACCAUUCUGUAGAACAUUCACUCCAGAAGUUUCACCGAAUGAAUUGAAUGCAUAUUCUGCUGCUAUGGCUUAUCAGCGACUGCUUAAUAUGGCAUCAAAUUAUCAAACUAUUCCAUCAUCUUUAUUUACACCUGUUAAUUCGACUAACUCAUUGUCAAGCGCCUUGCUUAAUAAUCAAUUUGCUUUAAGUUCAAAUCAGGCUAUGAAUUACAAUAAUAACAACAGCGGUAGUAAUAAUAAUAAUAGCCACACAUCUAAUAACAAUAUCAGUGUGUCAGCAGAUCAAUCCAACUCAAUGCCUUUGAUAUUUCCGCCCACAUCACGUAAUUUAGUUGCAUUCACAUCGGACAUAAAUGGUGCAUCAUAUGAUUACGGUAAUCCACAAGAGUUAACUGCCAAUAUUCACGCUAGUCUGACAACAGGUCAACAUUCAACAACAAAUGCUACACCUCCACCACUUCGUGAAGGUUUAGAAUGUGUCAAUGCAUCUGUGAAUUUUUGAUCAAUAAAUAAUCCAUAAACUGGAAAACAAUCCUGGAUAUUGAGAAAACAAUAAUCAUUUUUUCUUAAACUUGUCUUGUUCGGGGUGAUCAAUGUAAAUUGUCCUUUAAUUUCUCUUUAUUUAUUUGUACUUUAAUUGAAAUUGGUUGGUUGUAAAUGAAAUUUAACUAUCAUAACGUUGAACAUGUGUAUUUUUCACUAACCUUUACCCUUAUUCUCCUUAUCUUCUAGCUAACUUAUUACGCUAACAACCGAAAAACUGUGAUUCCUUCCAUUAUCUUUCUUAUCAUUGAAAUGUGACAUCAAGUGGUACAUAUCUUUGUAACACAUUCUAUUGUUUCUUUUUUUAUUUGAAUACGUUCAUUCUAAUCUAGUGAUUUUCUCAUUAGUCUUUUUCUCUCUUUUCUGGUGAUAUCAUUUUCAGCUGGUUGCAUGGAUACGUAUGUAUACACAUAGAUAUGUAGUUGUAUACACUUCAAGAUUGAAAGUUCUGAUGAAUAUCUUUAUGACUUCAAUAUUACUGGUAGAUUUAAUUUUUUUUUCCCUGCUGUAUGAAUUGCUCAAGAUAGAAAGUUUCUGAAACCAUCGGUUAUUUGUAUAAUUUCUACGUUGUUGUUCUUUUUUUUAAAGCAAGACUGUCAACUUGAAUAACAGCAAAGAAAAAAAAAUUACUUGAGUAA